AUGUCGGCUCACUACACGGGAGAGAUUGAUCUGCAAUUCCUGCGCCACGGGCAAGGACAAUACCGAUAUCCCAACAGCGUUUUUAGAUACACGGGGAAAUGGAACACAGGGAUUAAAAGCGGGCUAGGCGUGUUCGAGGUCGUGGGGGGGAGCACAUACGAGGGUACCUUCGUAGACGGGGAGUUAGAAGGGAAGGGUUCGAAACUAUGGGCCGAUGGACGACGUUACGAGGGGGAGUUUAACAGGGGGGAGUCCAGUGGGGAAGGGCAUUUUACCUCUCCUGCUGGCGAAUCGUACGUCGGAACGUGGGCCCUCAACAAACGACAUGGGCGAGGCAAGCUAGUUCUGCCCAACGGCGAAGGAAGCUACGUCGGAGAGUUUCAGAGGCAUAGGUUUCACGGGGAUGGCCAACUUGUUCUCGCGAACGGCUUUCAGUUCACGGGAACAUUCUCCGGCGGCCUCCCACAUGGUACUGGCGCUGCUGUGUACCCUGGCGGAAGCUUGUUCCAUGGCCCAUUCGACAAAGGCCGAAACCACGGACGCGGGGGGACGUACGUGUGCGGUGUCACAGGUAUCUACUGGAUUGGUGAGUGGGUAGAGGGCAAGGCGAAGGGGUUGCCGUCGAAAUGGGAACUAGAGCUGGACGGCGACAAGAAAACCUUAGGGGGCGGAGGGGACAGCGUCGGCCAGGCAACGCCGGCGAAGCCUCGAGCGAAGGCAGAAAAGGGUGGUGGUGGGAAGAAAGGCGCCAAGGGUUCCAAGAAACCUGUUGAGGAGCCUGAGACGGAUGCUGCCUACAAACCAGUAAUCGCCCACGUUAAUGACGACGGGGACGUCGCUGCUUUAUGGUGUCGCUGUGUGCGGGACGUCCAGGACAUGCCCCAACCACCGCCGAUACCUUCAGAGCUCCAAGAAGGUGUUGUUGAUGAGUUGACACGACCUGCAAAGGAGCACCCGCGAGAAGUCGUGUCCGACGAGAGCGGGAGGACACUGACCGUCACCCUGCACGAGGUCACGGAGUCUCCGCAACCGGGUUCGAUCAGUGAUCCUGUUCCGUUCUUCGUUCGUAGACCUGACGCCACCGACGUUUCGGAGAGUCUCGGCCGGUUCCCAGUACAAGGGCUGGUAGCCCUGUUUCAGCGCGACGAGCGGUGCUACCCAAAGGGGACGUCCAGCGAUGGCACGGCUCUUCUCAUCGUGCCCGGAGAAAAGUCGGCGCCUGACACCCCCGCCGAAGAAGCUGAGGUUUCGCCACCCGCCAAAGGAAGCAAAGCACCGGCUGCGAAGAGCAAGGGGGGCGUCAAGGGCGAGAGCGAGCAAAAACCUUCCGGGGACGAUGGCAUCGAAGGACUAUGGCAAGUGAUCAGGAGCGAGGUUCAAUCGAACCGCUGUCUCGUGAUUAGGGCCGAGGAAAACUUCUCGCUUAGGACCCCACCGCUGUUUGACUCGGGGCUCGGCAAAACAAAAGCAGAAGAAGAUGGAGAGAGGAAAAAUAGUGUUCUAGACUCUGAAGAAAACGCAGGUGUCCUUGAAGGUGGAGUGCCGCCCGAAGAGGAGAAUACGAGGGAAGAGGGUGUGCCAGGAGUCGUCCACGGCAGCUCAAAAUCGGUGGAAUUAUUGCAACAGAUCGAACACGCUGACGAUGCGGGAGAGCAGUGCACGAUGAUGGUCCAGCAGCACUCCCCAUUCGCUGUGUGUCUAGAUUUCAGAUUAGACUUGAUGGAAACCCCAAAAGGAGAGAGCACGGACGGCGAAGGCGGCCAGGAGAAACCUUUGGAAGAAGAAAAGACAAUGAGGAUCGUCUUGUGCGGCAAUGAUGUUGAAGUUUCUGCCGUAAUGCGCCUCUGGAUCCCUCCUGCGGAACCGCCCGUUGGUGCUGCAGAUAAUGUCGGCAUGGAGGCAGACCGCCCGACGGAAAUGUCCGGAAGUGGUGCUUCUGGUGCCCUCGCGAAGGCCGGCGAUUCGAGGCUUGGUGCAAAGGGUGGAGCCCUCGAAAACGCGUCUCCGACCACGUUGAUCUCCCCUCGUAGCGGUGGAAAUGCCAUCGACGACUCUAGCAGCCCUCCCACAACCCCUACUUGGUACCUCCACGCAAUAUCGAUUCGCUGUGGAUCUUUCGUUGGGACGGUGCCGUGUGCGAAUCCAGAAGAGAUCGCCUUACGACGAAAAGGGUCGACUGCCUCUGCGUCGGAGUCAUUGCCUUCGGCAGGAACCGCACCUCAUCCGUCAAGAACAGGCUUCGACUGCGACUUGGCCGAGUGGCACGCCCUCGCUCUCGUCGCUAGCCCCGAACGGGUGCUCUCGCUGUGCAUCGAUGGAGAAGAACUCGAAUUGAAACAAGACGCGGGAGGCACUGCUGCUGCAGCCGGCAUCGGUUGCGACGAGUCGGAGCUAUCGGCGAGCGAUGCCGUGGUUUUGGGAGGUGGGGCGGGUGGGGAGUGGGCGAGUCUCGCUGUCAAGAACCUUGCUGUGUACAACGAAUUCCCUGGCAUCGACCAGCUCCGGGCGAUAACGCAAGUAUUCCGGGUGUGGAGGGAGCGGAAGGAAGCUGCUAGAGUGGCUGAUGUGCAGGAAGAUGAGCGCUGGGAGGAGGAGACUAGGAGAGCGGAGGAAGAGGAAAGGGAACCCGGGGCAGGAGAAAGACCGGAGUGGGUUGUGGGGGCUGAUCGCCAAACGAUCUUGCAUAAGAAAACCGUUCGCGGCGAGGCGAAAAUAGACAAGAUCGUGUUGCCAAAGGUGGCACUAGAGGGAGGAGACUGGGUCCUGAGGGUGGAGGACGUGUCGCAUGGCGAAGGGCCAGACGAAUAUGGGAGCACCGGCAGGGCAAGAUCGGCGGCAUCAGCGGAAUCGUUCGUGUCGCAAGUCGUGGUGCCCGCCACGACGGCCACGGACGAAGAGCGCAACACGUUCCCUCCGCUACCCGUGGAGACGGUGAAGCUGGAGCGGGUUUAG